GGACUCGGAAGCGCGACCUCUCCCAGCCAGACUUUGUCUCGGAAAUCUCUCCGUCUGUCAGCUCCGACCGGAGGACGCCGCUGAGCACCGCACGCUGGGCGCACCGCACCACCAGUCCAGUCAGUCACUUUUGAGCCUCGAUCCGGGCACUGCCCCCAGAAACAGGUCUCUCUACUCGAUUAGCACUGUAAUUAUUGAGCACCUAAGUGCUUGUGGUGGUGAGCAAAUUCAUUUCCAUAAAAGGAGCAUCUAUCCCCAACAGAGACUCCAACACGAAUCAUUCAACAUUGCUCUGAUUUUUUGACGGAAAAUGUCGACCCCGCAAGUGAUUAAGCGUGCAAAAUACAAGACUUCAAUUAAAGACCCGGGAACUCCUGGUCUUCUAACUAUGAUGGAGAACAGGUUUGUGUUCAGGCCAAAUGAUCCCACGUCUCCCUCUAAGCUUGAUGUCGGCUUUCAUCAAAUUAAAGGUCAGAAGAACACUAAGGAGGGAUCAAAUAAACCACCUUGGCUUAAUAUCAGCAAUAAUAAGGAUGGGAGUUACAUUUUUGAGUUUGAGAGUUAUCCUGAUCUUCAUGCAUGCCGAGAAAUUAUUGCCAACGCCCUUGAGGCUGCAAAAGGUUCUUCCGCUGCAACAAUUUCUUCUACAGCAAAAGCUUCUUCUUCUACAAAUGAACAAUAUAGUACAGCAGAGUUAGAGCUCCGGAUGAAGCUUAUGCAAGAAGACAGUGAACUGCAGAAACUUCACAAGCAGUUUGUAGGCAGUGGUGUCUUGACAGAAUCUGAGUUCUGGGCAACCAGGAAGAAGUUGCUUGAUGGAGAUAGCCGUAAAAAGUCAAAACAACGGGUUGGUUUUAAAAGUUCGAUGAUACUGGACAUCAAACCUAUGACUGAUGGUCGGAUGAACAAGGUUACAUUCAAUUUGACUGAUGAGAUUAAAUAUCAGAUUUUCGCCCUGAAACCAGCAGUUCACCAGGCAUAUAUUGAUCUCGUUCCCAGUAAGAUGACAGAGAAAGACUUCUGGAACAAAUAUUUUCGAGCCGAAUACCUCCACAGUACCAAAAAUGUUGUAGCAGCUGCAGCAGAAGCUGCUGAGGAUGAGGAACUGGCGAUUUUUUUAAAGGAAGAUGAAAUAUUGGCAAGGGAAGCUCGGCAGAAGAUUCAGCGGGUUGAUCCAACUUUGGAUAUGGAAGCUGAUCAAGGGGAUGACUAUAUACAUCUUCCGGAUCAUGGGAUCUUUCGUGAUGGCACCAAGGACAUAACUGAACUACAGAAUGAUCAAUACAGGAGGACUCUAUCGCAAGACCUUAACAGACAAGGCGCUGUUGUUCUUCAAGGAAGAAAUCUCGAUGUGGACCCAGAAGAUCCAAGAACUAUAGCAGAGGCACUUAUGCGGUCAAGACAGGAACCUAGUGACAGUGCUGUACAGGAGAGACUUGAUAGGCUUACUCGGAUGACUGAGAUAGACGACCUUCGAGAAUCUCAUGAUCAUCCAGUUGCUCCAUUAUGUAUCAAGGAUCCUCGAGACUACUUUGAUACACAACAAGCUAAUGCACUUAGAACUUUGGAUGACUCGCGUACUGGUACUGAGCAGACAAAACGCAAGCUGACUACUGAGGAAGCAUAUGGCGCCUUAAAGGAGUCUAUAUCUAAAAUUAAGAGCAUUGGAUUGAGCAAUUCCACAGUUAAACCAGAAGUUGCUCUUACGGUUUUUAAUGGGCUGACCCAGAAUAUUUCAAGUACCAAAUAUCAACUUGGAAAGAAUCCUCGAGAGAGUAUUCUGGAUGGCUUGCCAAACAGAACCAAAGAGGAACUCUUACAUCAUUGGAUGUCCAUUCAAGAACUACUGAGGCAUUUUUGGUCUUCAUAUCCAAUUACAACUUCUUCUUUGUAUACUAAGGUAGGCAGACUGAAGGAUGCCAUGUCACAAAUUUAUCGACAGCUAGAGGAGAUAAAGGAAGCUGUGCAGUCAGACUUCAGGCACCAGGUCUCCCUCCUUGUUCGUCCAAUGCAUCAGGCUCUAGAUGCUGCUUUUCAGCAUUAUGAAGCAGACUUACAGAAAAGAGCUGCAAAGAGUGGAGAGUUGCCAAAUGGGAAUGGGUAGAAGUUUGCCCCUCAUUGCCUCACGGUGCAGAAUAUUUGCCAUUCUAUUAUUAUAUGCUUUUCUGUCUAAAUUUUGACAUGGUAUGGAACUGUACCAUCCAAUCAAUUUUGCUAUGAGCUUAUGCAGUUUGACAAGGUUUUUUUGUGCCGCAAAAUACAUCUAGUGUGGCUAAGUUGUGCAUAGAAGGGUUUAGCAUUAACCAUGAAUGCACUCAUUUCUGCAUGCGUGAUGCUUCUAUAUUAUACGGCGGCAGAUAAAGGCUUUGCUUUUUUUUGGCAA